GGUUCCCCACCCCUCACCGCUGGCAGCUGGAGAGUCCACGCAGCUGCUCCUCUCCUGGUGUCUUCUCCAGAUGCAGCAGGAGAAAGAGCGGCCCCUGAAGGAGGAGGAGGAGGCGCCUCUGCUGGGAAAGCAGAAGGUGGAGGAGGACCAGGAGGAGGACAAAUGCUGUCACCCCGAGAAAGUGAAGAUGGAGCAGGAAGAGCAUCUUGAGAAGGUCCUGCAGGCCUGUGAGGGAGUGGAACAGCUGGAGGUGGAGAAGCAGCAGCAGCAGGCUCAGCUGGAGGAGGAGCCGGAGGAGGAGGAAGAGGGAAAGAAGCAGGAGCAGCUGCAAAAGGAGGAGAACAAGGAGGAAGAAGAAAAGAAAAAGGAGGAGAAGAAAGAGGAGCUUCUGCAGAAGGGGGCUGAGGCCCAAGGGACCAGGGAACAGCAGGAGCAGCAGCCGGCCCUUGAGGGGGAGCAGGAGAGGCGGCAGGGCAAGUGGGUGCGGCAAGAGAAGGAGAGAUUACUGAGUGAACCAGAGGAGAAAAGGAGGAAGGAGGAUUGUCAGCACCAGGAGCAGAAGGAGCUGACAGAGGAGGAGGAGAAGGCCAAGGAUGUUGCAGCUGCUGCCGGGGACUCCAAGGGGGGCCCCAAGAUCAAUCCGGACAACUACGGGCUGGAUCUGAAUAGUGAGAACUCCACAAAUGAUAAGUCCCGGGCCGAAAAGCGUGUUCCUGUUUUGUUCGAAGUGCCCCAACUCAGCCCGGAGCUCAUCAGGCAGUUGUGCCAGCCUCUUCCCCCUAACCCGUACUUCGAGAGCUUCCGCAGUCGAAGGGCCCAGGAUGUAUUCGACAAGAGUAAACUGCAGGAUCAAACACCUAAAACAACUCCAAAAGACUCAUAAUUGAAGCAGACUGUUGACAGUUUUGUUGUGUUGUGGUUUGUUUUUUCUUUCUCAUGUUUCCUCCCAUUCAUUCUAAUUCUUCUAUACAACAUGACUAAUGUGAAAAUCUCUUUAAUAAGAAUGUAUCUGAGAGCCUACAUAGGAUUGCACGCCAUGUUGGGGAGGAGGUAGGGGAGGGAGGUGGAGAAAAAUUAAACCUUAUCGAUGUUGUCAACCUGAAAGUUUGGUUAAAGUAGGCAAACAAGCUAGGUGAUAUGUAAAUUCAUGAUGUUUAUUCCCUUAAAGCUAGAGAAGCUAGCGUACUUGUACAUAGAAGGAGCCAGAGCUUAAGUUCUGACUGCCUGAACAAAGGAAUGAGAAGGUUUAAAUACAUUUUUUGUCUCAACUCAGCAUGCCUGCGUUACUCAAUUUUAUGAUUCCCAUGUAUGUUUAACCACGAUACAAGAAAAGGAUUUUCCUUAAUGGAGUAGGUUGUAAAUACAAUGAGUCAAGGUAGUUGACAAAGUGUCAAUUGAAAUUACAACCCAGGAUCUCUGUGUUUAAUUUACCAUUAACAUGCCCUAACAUAGUAUAUGCCCAUAAUAUGUUAAGAUAAGAAAAAGUCACAUUAUUCAAGAUAGUUUCUCAGGUUAAAGGUCUCAUCCUUAAUGGCUAAUAGACAGGGAAAAGAAUCCUUUUAAGUCAGCCAGAUCUGGCCUUGUUGACAUAGGAGGAGGUAUUCUCUGAGUUUACUCAGAGAACAAAGAAGCUUAGGUUCAGACUCUUCUUCUGGUUAAUCAGUUCAGUCUCUUCCUCUAGUUAAUCAGUUCAGGCUUUGACCCUUAUUGAAGUUACUAAUUUGAUUUUAAAUGAUUAUCAUUUCCUCCUUUUGGUCAAAGGCAAGCUGAAACCUUUGCCUUUAGACCAAGGAAGAUAUGGAAAAACCUCUCUCUUCCUCAGGGGUGAAAUUCUAAAAAUCCUUAUCCAGGUGCAUUCGAGUUUUUUUUUUCCUGUGGUUGGACAUCCCCAGAGAUGAGCAGUCACUGCAAAGUAAUUGUAAACAAGCAGAAGGAGCAAGUUGCAAGGCGGUCAGGGUAGGGAGCAUAAUGGGAAAAAUAGAGCAGCUAAGUAAAAUAAGCUAAAGAUACCAAAGAUAUAGGUAACCAGUCUUGGAAAUGGAAAGGACUCAGAAAAGGGAGCUGUUCUUCAUGCAGGUCUGGUCCUGACCCUUGGGAAAGCUGUCUAUGUCUGACGUCAUCUUUUUCAGACCCCUUUGAAACCAGAGGGCCAGGUUUCCUAUGAGUUUAGAUGUCCACUCGGGAGCAGGGGCAAUCAUCAGAUGUGACAGAGGGAUCAAGGGGUCCAUAUUCACAAGUUGGCAGCUAUAGGAGUAGUCAGACCUGACAGGGGCUCCCAGAACACGUAUGAUUUGAUAAUUGAGAGAAAAAAAAAACAGCAUAACAUAGAUCCUUGACCAAAGGCGCAUAGAAAUGGUUCAGUUUCCCAGCCACACAGGGCUAAGUUCAAACAGUGUAAUAAAUGGUUCAGUAUCUGUAGUA